AUGCGUCUACAAAUUAACCCGACAAACUGGAAAGACCUCGACCACGACCGACAGACCCGGAGAAGGACAGUGAAGACAGGCGCUGCGAUCUAUGAAGCCAACCGCUUCGCCGCCGCCAAAGUGAAAAGCGAAGCACGCAAAUCACAGGUGUGCUCACUCCGCAACGCCGACGCACAACCGCUUCCAACGUGUCCUCGGUGUCAACGCACAUUCCGGGCACGAAAGGGGCUUAUUGGACACCUUCGGAUUAAUUGCGCCUCUAGGACCGCACCAACCGUCGUCCCUACGCUUGCAUAUUCUUCGUCCUCUCCGCCGCCAACUAAAUCUGAUUGUCCCUGCGAACCACCACUUCUUCUUCUUCUUCCUCCUCUUCUACGGCCUCCUUCUCUGCCUCCUCCUCAUGCUCCACUGCCCCAAAGACGGCCGUUCUGGCGUCUGUCACGCACACCAGCACCACACACAUCCCGCCAUCCUCCGCCUAUAGAGGUGAGGAACAAGACUGCACCUGCCCUCACUGAGACCGCACCUCCACCUCACACAUCGGCCGGGUCGGUCACUUGCGAAUCCAUCGCACAGAGGCCGACGAACCAGUGCCUGGAGUACCAACCUACACCCACCGCACUCGCCUCCACAGCCGACACUGCCCUCGCACCUUUACGCAUCGCAUGGGUCUCUUCAGCCACAUGCGCAUCCACGACCACCUGCGGUAGACAACCGCCGGCCGCACACACCAUCACACCCUCCCUCACUGCCUCAGCGCCACCAACACCACCCAACCACACAUCAACUCUCACUCACCGUAAGCACUCAAAUGCACCUCCCAGGCAAGUGGAAAGUGUGCACCUCGACUCGGUCUCCAUGCGGCUUUGGCUGCACGGGUGA